UAAUGCAGUUAUGUUUACUUUCAGUUUUGUGCUAAUGUACCACCACUAAUGAACAUUACAUUGAAAGGAUGUACUAAGGAUAACUGUUAUUCAACAACAAAUGUAUCCAUAAGCAAUAGUUCUUAUAAUAACAUUUCACUUGUUGUUCAAUUUCCAUCAAAUAAGACACUAAAUACUAAUGCUACUUUGUGCUAUCAAAAUGGAGUUACAGUUCAAAGCAACACUAUAACAAACAGUACUCAUGACCUGAACUUGACAUUGAUUAAUGUUACAUCAAAUUCUGCUUGUCUUCAGUUUCAGUUUGUCAAUGGCAGUACACUUUAUAUUGAUUUCAUUUACAUUUUUGAUAGUCAAGGCCAGUUUCAUUGGGGUGACCUCAAACCUUUUAAUGAUUCAUUGAACUUUAUUAAGUGUUUUGAUGGUAUACCAGCUGGUAAUAACUUAACACUGCAUGCAUGUGAAUGGGCAACCUUUUUCAAGAACUGUAUAUCUAAUCCUCCUACUGUAAUAACUGGUAUUAAUAUUACUAAUGACUCUACAUCUUCAGUUCUAAUGUCAUCAGUUCAUUCAUCAUCAGUAUCACUCACAUCAACAGUAUUGACUACUCCAUCAAAGAUGUCUGUACCAUUGACAAUAUCUACUUCACCAGUAGCAACUAAUUCAACAGUUCUAACUACUUCAUCAAUGACAUCUUUACCAACAAUGGUGCCGCCUGUACCAACUCCAUCAAUAAUGUCUGAAUUUGUGACAUUUCCUUUAUCAGUGUUGACUACUUCAAGAGUACAACUUACUACAAAUUAA